AUGAUGGAUGGGGACUGGAAGGUUAGCUAACCUUCAACUUCGUAAUAUAUUUCCGAUUCACCAAUUAACCUUUUCUUAGGAAGCUAAUGAACGACAAGUGGAUCUCUCAGAAGACGACCCCCAUGCCGUCGGAAAGAUGUUGGAUUACUUGUAUACUCAUCAAUAUGACGCCGAAGAAACUGGCGCCUCACUCGUCCUACAUGCCAGACUCUACGUAUGUGGCGAUAAGUACGAUAUUCCAGGUCUCAAAUCACUUCGAAGCAAAAGUAUCUUGAAGCGAUGAAGACUCAUUAUCAACACGCUGGUUUCGGCCAAUCUCUUGGAAUUAUCUAUUACGAACUCCCAGGAUCUCUUAGGGAGGGGAGGGAUGCCGCAAUAGAAUUUGCAGCUGAGAAUCUAGUUGAUAUUUACAGCGAAAAGAAUAACGCUUUGCGAGAUUCUCUGGAUGGGAGUGGAAUGGGCCAUAUCCUUUCGGAUAUUGUCGAAAUCGUGGCAAAGAAGGAAGUGAAGCGUAGAGAACUAGAUAUGCGUACUGAUGGUCUUUCAUUGAGACAUAACUGUCCGAUGUGUGGGCUAGAUACGAAGAUCACUGUUGUUGGUAGCCAAAUGCUUUCUAGCCCAUUGGAAUGCCCGGUAUGUGGAAUACAGUGGAAGGUUCUCCGUCAAGGCGUCUGA